AUGGGGCUUUAUAUAACAAAUUCCAUUGCUACUUAUUAUCAAACCAUAAUCAUCAAUAUUUUCAUUCUCUCUUUAAUCACAUCUUCGUCCAUGGCUUCUUCUUCAUCUUCAGUUGAUUUGUCAAGUGCAAUUCUUAUAAGGGUUGACCAAUCGGGCAAAGGAGAUUUCAACAAGAUUCAAGAAGCGAUUGAAUCUAUCCCUCCCAAUCUAAACAACUCUCAACUUUAUUUCAUUUGGGUUAAGCCUGGAGUUUACCGAGAAAAGGUGAUAAUUCCUGCGGAUAAACCCUACAUAACACUGAGUGGGACAAAAGCUUCCAACACAGUUCUCACAUGUAGCGAUGGUGAGGACAUUUUGGAAUCACCUACUCUUACAGUCUUUGCCUCCGACUUCGUAUGCCGAUUUCUCACUAUUCAGCAGAAUAAGUUUGGAACAGCUGGAAAGGCGGUUGCGUUGCGAGUGGCGGCUGAUAAUGCAGCGUUCUACGGCUGCGUGAUAACGUCGUACCAAGAUACUCUUCUUGACGACAAUGGAAACCAUUACUUCAAGAGGUGCUAUAUUGAAGGAGCCACUGAUUUCAUUUGUGGAAGCGCAUCUUCUCUCUACGAAAAGUGUCACAUACACUCGUUGUCGCUGAACAAUGGGUCGAUAACAGCGCAAAUGAGAUCGUCGGCAACGGAGAAAUCAGGGUUUUCAUUCUUGGGAUGCAAGGUAACCGGCACAAGUUCCUCAUUUUUGGGAAGACCAUGGGGAGCUUACUCUAGAGUCGUCUUUGCUUAUUCCUUCUUCUCCGAUGUGGUUGCACCUCAAGGCUGGAACGAAUGGGGAGACUCGAGCAAAAACAAUACUGUAUACUAUGGUGAAUACAAAUGCUAUGGCCCCGGCGCAGACAGGAAGCAAAGAGUAAGAUGGUCAAAACAAUUAUCUGAUGAAGAAGCUACUGUCUUCAUGAGCAAAGAUUUUAUCGGCGGCAAAGACUGGCUCCGACCUGCACCUUCACACUUCAGACUGUUCCCAAAUCAAACCCAAAAGAGUGAUUGA